AUGGGAAUCAGUAAAAGUUGUUGUAAACUUUUUCUCUUUAUAUUUAAUACUGUGUUCUUGAUAGCUGGAGUAUGUAUGUUUGGUGUAGGUAUAUGGACAGUAGUAGAUAAAGUCUAUGUAUCUGAUAUUAUUGGAAAUGAGAUAUUUACUGCAGCAGCCUAUAUGAUUAUCAUAUCUGGGAUAAUAGUAAUUGGUGUUUGUAUUUUGGGUUUUAUAUCUUUAUCACAAGAAAAAAGAAUAUUAAUCAUAGUGUAUUUUGUAAUAUGGAUAGUGAUCUUUAUAUUUUUGAUAAUUGGAGCUAUAUUAGCAGUGGUGUUUAAAGGGGAGCUGGAAUCUGAAAUGAGAAACUCGAUGAAAGAUACUUUGAUUCAAAAAUAUGGUGGUGAUUCAACAGAAGAAAGAACUGCCACAAAUGCCUGGGAUAGAGUUCAAAGAGAGUUGAGGUGUUGUUCUGUGGAUGAUGAGAGUUGGGACUUGUAUAGAUCUACACGAUGGUUCAGAAGCCAAGAUCCACGAUCUUCACUAAUAACUUAUGUACCUGCUACUUGUUGUGUGGUAGAUGUAAGAACUGAUACCUAUGUAGCCCAGAAACAAUGUCAGACAUGGCAGUUAGGUCCACCUAGAAAUCCCAGCUAUACUUUAAAAAAUACAGCUUUAUAUUAUGAGGGAUGCUAUGAAGCUGCUAGAAAUUUUGUAUUAGAUGCUUCUAGUGCUAUAGUUGCUGUAGGGUUUACCUUUGGUUUAACCUUGAUUGUGGGUUUAGUAUUCACGUUAUUUUUCUUACGUCAUGUAACAACAUUAGAUGAUGAAGAAGUGAAAAGAAGACAGAGAUCUAAAACACCCAAUGAUGGUCUGUAA